UAGGACUCUCCGUCGUCGGAAUGAAUGUCAGCUAUACAAACACAAUUCUUUGCAUGAUUCCAUAGCCAUAUAAUCGACCGUGCACGGGUUGCCAAGUCUUGACCCGAUUCCAGUAUCGAUCGAUCACCGCUCUGCAGCUUUUUACUCCGUUCACGCUCCACCUACCGAUUCGGCCGCGCCUUUUCUAGGAACACGUCUCCGCCCGUACAUUCAUGGCAAUGAACCCUCAACACCGGAUUGCGCGCCUACGCGCAUCGCCACGACAGGUCAUCGACAAAGCGCGCGCGGGAUCCAUGGUGGACCUGACUGAUCUAGCUAACUGGUGGACGCAGGUCCCCGAGCUCGUUCCUCUGGGCGUCAUCAACGUGUUUUUCCAUCAUCUUGACGGGGCGGCACUCGACGCCAUCAUGGCGUCCCAGUCGCCAACGCCAACGCCGCGCCAAGCCGAGCAAAUUCUCCUCGCCACCAACGCACUCUUCGCGCUCUGCCAUUGCGGUCCCCUCGUCUCAUUCGGUGGGCCCUACCACGACGGCACCGCGUUGCGCAGGGCCUGGCCGGGGAUUUUCAGGUGGUCGGCAUACCUGCUCAACGCGCGUGUCUUCACCGCCGCUACUAGCGCAUCCACCGAGCAGGAACGACGCACGACGAUGGACACCGUGUGCAGCUGCUGGUACGCGUUCGUCGCGGCGGACGGGAUGCAGCAGGUCAUGGCGCAGACGCAGGGCGCCGUUGAGCUGCUCACGAAGCUGUGGCAGAUCGACCAGGACGUGCGUGGCCAGAGGACCGUCGACAUCCCAUGCGUCGCAGCGGCGUUCGACGCGCUUCUCAUCGACGUCGACUGCGCGGACCGCGUCAUGCGUGCUGUAGGCGGGAAGAGCAGCGCCAAGGUCGUUGCCAAGCUGGUGGUGACGCGCACGAAGGCUGCGCUUGCACGCCCGCAGCUCGAUCCGGUCGAGCUGCAGAUCUACUUGGACAUAUUCUCCCAUCUGGCGCGGGGGGAGCAACAUCCGCUGCGGCACGCCCUGCUUGCGGCCGGUGCUAUCCCGCUCUGCACUCAGGCGGCGCUCACUUUAGCACGCGCUUUGGACGCUGGUGGUCCGCCUGACCUCCUCGGUGGGGUCGUCGCUGGUUUCGGGUUCCUCGCCAACUGUCUGCACUCUACAGAGGGCUUUACAUGGGUCAUUCAGGCUCUUCACGCAGACCUGCUCCUCGCGCUGGCAGCCUGUAGUCCUUAUCUCGGAAGGCUGGACCGAGAGGACUUUGGUAUGCUUUCGAUGAUCUUCAAGCAGCUGUUGCCCCAGUAUCUUGUGUAUCGCUCGGUGAUCAACGCUGUAGACGCUGGGCUUGGACGCUUGGACGAGAAGCAGCAGCAGCGGAUCCAGGCUGGCCGGAUGAAGCAAGUGUGGCUGGAUUUCCUCGCGGUGGCGAGAGAGCGGAUGUAUGUGGUUAUGCAUGCCCAAGUCGUCAAGGGCAAGGCUGCGACAUGCGACAAUGUGCAGUGCCAAAAGAUUGAUGCGAAAAACACGUUCCAGAAAUGCGCUGGCUGCCAGUCCACGCUGUACUGUUCACGUGAAUGCCAGACAGUGGCCUGGAAAGAGGGAGGGCACAAGGAGAUGUGCAAGCUCAAGCAGCAGGAACGGCUGGAGGGAAAAGCACAGGCCAUCAGCAAAGGCGACUCUGCGUUCUUCCAUCACCUCUCCACGCGCGAUGCGCGACACCAUAUGCCUCUCCUCAGAAGGUUAGCCCAAGAUAAGCACCCAGGAAUUCCGGCAAACCACCUUGUUGUCCGGAUAGACUACACGCGCAACCCACCGGCGUACUCGGUGCUCACACUCGACAAGGCGGAAAUCGUCGAGACAUCUCCCAUCGCAUCGGCCAACGCUGAAGCGCGCAGCGACGCACUGUUCGACCGGGCGCGGGAGAACCCAGACCGGGUCUCGCUUGUGCAGAGUGUCGUCGCGAAUGGGAGCUCGGCGCAGAUGGUGCUGAGUGUCGUCACGGGCAGCUUUUGGGACGACGAGACUGUUCUGCCGACUGAGGAAGAGGACGGCGGCGAUCGUAGCCCGGCAGCGCUUGACACAUCUGUCGAUGCGGUGGACAUGAUGAUGGCCCGGACAGCUCUGGACGGUUUCCUGACAUCUCAGGGAGAAUCGGCGGCCUGUUGAAGCGAUUUCGUUAUCCUGAUUUAUCAUCGGCAUCUCAACCAUUUGAGUAGGACGCAAUUCAUUCACAGAGAUAGUACAAGCGGCUCGAGUAAUCUCACAACUUUCAAAACAAUUUCCAGGAUUCUCCAACAUUUGGAUCAGAUCGCCGGUAUUUACUGGGACCCGAGGGAAAUCGAGUUCGUGCCCGGGGUGAAGCAGAAGUUGUUGCUCAACUUGGUGCCGCAAGAGAAGAACUCGUUGCAGCUGCCACGGCAGUUCGAAUCGUCGCAGAACGCAACGUCGUUCGUCGCCGAGAGGCAGUUGGUGUUCGGCGCAUGGAUGCACUGCGAGCUUCCGGUGAACACGGUGCACGGGCCCGAGCAGAGCUGGUUGGUACGGGUCGAGCAGAACGUGACGGUGGUCACGAACGGGUUCACGCCGAGCUCGUUGAUAUCGCCGACGAAGGUCAGUUCCGAGUCGGUGGUCGCGACCCAGUUCUUCAUCUCAGCGACGGUCAUCUUCGUGCUGACCUCGGGAGUCGGCGACUACAGGGAGGUCAGAACAGUAUCAUGGACGACGCGAGAGACGCGUACCGCGACAGCACCGAUGGUGAAGGCAGCGAUGACGAACGAGGUCAGAGUUUGGAAGUACAUUGGGGACUUUGGAGCAAGGUUGAGCGAGUGAACCCUGAAUCCUGCCUGUCCGAUUCUCCUGGCUUUUAUACCGUCUGGGUCUAGCCUACGGCCAAGUCCUGGUCUUCCUUGCCCCGCGAGCCCUAAAUUUACAUCACACGUUCCCUGCUCAGCCUCCCGCGGGAGACUGGGAGAGAAGUCGUAUUUCGGCAUUGAUUUGACAAGCGUUCAACAACGACCGCGUUCAGAGCGGAGGAUGAUGUCAAGCACGACGCACCGAGCAUCAUCAGCUGACCUCGAAAUAAUUUUAAAACAGUCUGAGUUCGCGAGUAGUCAGGUUUUCGAUCUCGAAACGAGAGAUGGCCGCCAAUGCACAGAUAGAGAAUAGAUGGGACCGUCUCCCCUAGUGCGUACGAGCGCGUCGCAGAUCAGGUCUAUUCGGUGUCCAGAACUUUCAAGAGGGCCCAUCUGGGAACCGUGUCCGGGUGCAUUGCGACGUAACUUGUGUUUGACCAUGCUUAGAUGGCCCCGAGACGCGAUAAAAUAAAGUGCUAUGUGUAUGAGCUCCCGCGUCCAUAUAUUCGUCGAAGAUCAGUUUUGUUGUUUCUUCAACUGACACAUGGAUGUGGGCUGGCCGCGCCAUCUCAACGCCGCUCAUUUGUUUACCGAGAUUGAAACGCCAAUCAAAUGAUCGUUCCUCCUCUGGAGUAAUCAAGGCCGCCGAGCUCACCGCUUUGCUCACCCAUUCAUGAGCUCUAACCGCAGGGGUUUGGGGAGCCGAUUGACUCUAUUGAUACAGCCCAUGCAUGAAUUGACUCGAGUUGACCCAUGACAGACGUCCCCGCCUUGGCUGUGUCCGCACACCGCCCUCUGAGCCAGCGCUGCCUAUAUGUAAAUGCGGGCUGGGGUCGGCUCUUUGCUCUCGCUCCGACCAAGCCCAUAUAUGCCAGCCCCCGCCCGCCACAUCCUCCGCCGCAAACUCGUCGUGGUCGGCGACGGUGCCUGCGGCAAAACAUCCCUCCUCAGUGUUUUCUCCGAGGGGCGAUUUCCCACGAUCCACGUUCCGACGGUCUUCGAGAAUUACGUUUCUGACAUCUCCGUCGAUGGGAAGCCGGUCGAGCUCGCGCUCUGGGACACUGCGGGGCAGGAAGACUACGACCGCCUCCGGCCCCUGUCUUACCCCGACACCGAUGUCAUCCUGAUCUGCUUCGCGCUGGACUGUCGCGACUCGCUGGACAACGUCGCGGAGAAGUGGUUUCCGGAGGUCGUCCAUAAUUGUGGCCUGGACAUGCCCACGUUGCUCGUCGGCUGCAAGAAGGAUGUCCGCGGGGCGACCGCCUCGGCCCAUGCAUGUGUCACGUCUGGCGAGGGCGAGGCCGUGAAGCAGAGAAUCGGGGCGCGAAUUUAUUUGGAAUGUUCUGCGAAGACCGGGGAGGGUGUCGAGCAGGUCUUCCAGCAGGCGACCAGAGCCGCGAUCGAGCCAGGGAUCAGGAAACCUAGACCUGUGCGAUGCAUGAUCUUGUGAAUCCAUCGGAGGAAUCUUGGAUCCGACUUCAUUGUCUCAAAGUCCAUGGCUUUGAUACUGGGCAAAACUAUUGAUUGUACUAGAUGUAUCGAUAUCCUGCGUUCCUAAUCAUAGAUCAGAUAAGAUAAGAUGGCGGCCAGGAAAUCCAUUUGAUACAAUCAUUCAUACCUUGUGAGCUGUGGCAUCACCCCGUCGAGGCUCAUUGGGUUAGGAUUAUAUCACGAGGGAAAGCCUGAGGCUUCUCAGGGCCUCUUCCUCUCCAGCAUACUGCAUGAACAUGGAUAGACAUCAGCUUCUCGCUGACCUCCUAGUACCAAUCACAUGAAAAAUGACUGACCGGAUGGAAGGCCAACUUCUCCAAGUUCCGCGCUCUGCAAAUGAGACGAGCACCGUUCCCUGCCGAUGAACUACGGAUGAGACGUGUGCCGAGAGCGUCGUUCGCUAUUUCGGUCGUCACUAUUUCGGAUCAGUCAAGUGAACGAUCGAGGAAGGCAUCGCUCGCAAGAUGCCGAGUCGAGAAGAUGCCGAAGCUGCCGACGUCGCAUUCCCCAGACGUGGAUUCUAACUUCAUUGAAGCCUUAGCCAGCACCUUGGCACAUUUUCGAAGCGGAAGCGCGCCUGCAGAACACCGGGAUGGGCACGCGACCCCGGCCUCGAGCCUCCAACCGACUGCCGUGCGUGUGCGAAUGAAAUCCAUCAGGCAGCGAACGAGCCCCCUGCAUAAUGCCCGUGAACAGUAUGACAAGCACCUUCGCGUCAGGCGGCCUUGGGCGGCGGCAAUGACGUCUAUUUGGGGUUGGUCAUGUGACAUCAGCCCCUUCCUUUCAUAACUCCACUUCACACGUUCGCCUUUCCCCACCUCUCCACGACCCACAUCACACCACCCACCCACCCAUCAUGCUCUCCGCUGCUGCCCGCAACUUUGCCAUCCAGCGCGUUCGCGUCUGCGUCCCCGCCGUGCGGGGUGUGGCAACUGCCCGCCCCGCGCACACGACCGAGUCGUACGAGAAGGAGGUCGACCAGACGCCUGCUGUCGACCCCAAAGUGUACCGCGUCGACCCGUCGUCAGACACCGUCCAGAAGCCGUACGAGCCGCCUUCCGGACCCUUCAGCAAGACCGGCGUCGAGGCUGGCGUAAAAGGCGCGCACCCCACUGAAGGCACUGCUUCGAAGAACGGCGCCAAGAAGAACCCCGCCUGAACUGCGAUUCAGCACGCCAAAGAUCAUCGGUCCAAGCAGGCACGAUGGAACCCCCGUUGCAGCUGAACUGCAAAGCCGCAUAACUGUAUCAUAAUUUAACGACACAUUCCUGUACAACUCCCUGAAUCACAAUUUCUUGCGAAACUCGCGAUCAC